AUGGCAGAGCCCGCGGCUAAGAAACAAAAGACCGAAGACGGCGCCGACGGCGCCGACGGCGCUGAGGCAACCGAGGAAAAAACAGCUCCGGAGCCCGAGGAAGAGCAAGAAAAGGAUGCAGUCGAGUCGAAGGGUGCCAAACUGAAGGAGAAAGUCACAUUCCUGACUCCAGACACUACUUUGAAUGUCGUCGUGUCAUCCAAUAGCUCUUUGCUCCUGCCCUUGUCUGAUGGUGGAGCGCGCCACCUUUUGGCAGGUGCGAGAACCAAUGUUGGGCUGAAGAACGGCCGCUACAUGUUCGAGGCCAAGAUCGUCGAGCAGGUUGUUAGGGCUGAGGAAGGUGGCAAACCACAUCCUAAGCAUGUGCUGCGCAUUGGCUUUUCUACAGCUGCGUCAUCACCUCUCAUGGGCAUCGACGAGACUAGCAUUUGCUUCGACAUGGAGGGUGUUCUUAUCCACAACAAGGAGAGAACAUCUCUCGGCAUUGGUGCCAGAUAUGGCAAGGGAAGCAUUGUAGCCGUUGUGUUGAACUUGGACAAAGCGUCCCCAAAUGUCAACACCCUGAGCCUCUUCAAGGAUGGCAAGCGAGUUUCCAAACCGCAGGCGCUUCCGGCCUCGCUCCAAGGCAAGGCACUGUAUCCCACGGUGACGUACCGAAAUCUUGCAGUGGGCCUUAGCUUCGGCCCCCAACCUCAGGUUCCACUGCCCUUCACCUGCCACAUGGUGCAGGGAGCAGUUGCCUCUCACACUACCGUGACCGCACCGAGUAAGGACCAAGAGUUCGAGGUGCUCUUUCCGGUGUGCUUGCCUGAUCAAGGCGGCUUCGACUGGUUGGAUUCCUUCAAGCAACAGAAUCCCAAGUACACCGAGAUCUCCGACCGCAUGCUGCUGGACUGGGCUGAGAAGAGUGGCAUCCCAGCCCCAAGAGGCAUGGGAAGCAACGACAAACCAGAGCUCCGGUUCGGUCUCCCAGAGAUGGAUGACAUGAGCAUUCGGCGCAUGAUCCACGCCAUCGCCCCUCUCCAGAAGCGCCACUACAUCGUCAUGGAGCUUCGUGCGAACCUCAUAAAGGAGACAAGGGCCGACAGCCUGAGUGCCUUUUUUGACAGCUCUUUCAAGAAAGUGGCCCAUGUCGUCGUGGGAGAUCCGAAGAAGGAGUUCGUGAAGUUGAGCCAGGAACUCAUGUUGGCUGAGAAGCAGGAGCAAUCCGACAAGGACUUCAAGAUGAAGAAAGAGGAGGCGGCCAGGAAGAAGGCAGCUGAAAAGAAGCAGAAAGAGAUCGAGAAAGCCAAGAAGAAGGCCGAGAAAGAGCGCCAAAAGAAGAUGGAAGAGAUGAAGAAGGCUACUGAGAAGGCAAGGAAGGAGGCCGAGCGGAAGAAAGCAGAAGCGGAAGGAAAGGAGGUCCCGGAAGAGGAGGAGGAGGAGGAGACCAAGGACGUGGACAUGGAGGAGGACGAAGAAGAGGAGGAGGAGGAGGCUGAGGAGGUGGACGAGGAGCCACCAAAGGUGGAGCUCUCGCCAGAGGAGAAGAAGAUGAAGUUCCGCAAGACGGCGUUGCCCGAUGUUGCCAUAAGUUUCUUGAACCGCUGCUUUACAAAGUUUACGGUUCCGGACCUGGAGGAGGGCUUUGACGAGGUCAAUUACGAAUGGAGCCAAGGUCCCAAGGCCACGGAGGUCGUGAGCAAAUGGAUCAAGGAGAGGAAGCUCACUAGCCGAGUAGAGGACCUUGCUCCUUCCAUGUGGUUCAAGACGAAGUGGGCGGCCUGGCAAAAGGUUCUGCAGCAGUGGCAGGCCAAGGUGCCGGAAUUCAAAGCCAAGCUGACCAAGAAAGCUCAGGCCAAGGCGGCCAAGGAGACCCAGAAGAAGAUAGCAGAAGCCAAGGCAGCUGCAGAAAAAGCGAAGAAGGAGUCCGAGAAGCAAGAGGCAAAAGAGGAGGAAAAAGACGAAGAGGAGGUGAAAGAGGAGGAGAAGCCGGAGCCCAUGGAGGUCGAGGAAGAGGAGGAAGAGGAGGAGGAGGAGGUCGACUUCGACGGCGUCGACAUUUUUGGCGUAGAUGAGGUCGACGACAUCGGCGGCGGCAUGCCGCUCUACAAGGAGUUCGGCCAUGAAGAUUGGGCUUUGAUGUCCUUGUGCUUUGAGCUCCACUUGAUGGCCCAUGCCUUCAAGAAGGAUUGCGACGAUCCGGACAGGAAGGGAAUCGUCCUGGAGCAUCUGGCCUUCUACUAUCAGAGAUAUUACCAGAAGCAGCUCUACCUCAAGAACUUCGGUGUUGAAAACGAAGCUCAGCUGGUGGACUUAGCCAAAGACUGUGUCUUCGUCAACAAGGACAAGGUUCUCGAGUCCUUGCUGGAUGAAGAGAUCGAGUAUCCGCAGGUCUUUGUGAAGAUUGCUGAGGAGGGACGCAGACACCGAGCUCUACUUGUGGACAUGGGUGAUGAGUCAGCCAAGCUGAAAAUCACCCACAGCGUCUCUUCACAUAAGGGUGGAAAGGACUCCGGGAAGGGAAACAUGAAAGGUCCCAGCAAAGGCUAUGGCAAGGGGGUCAUGCCAGUUGGUCCGCUCGGGAUGGGCAUGGGGGGCAUGGGCAUGGGAGGCAUGGGCGGCCCAAUGGGCGGCCACAUGGGUGGCCACAUGGGUGGCCACAUGGGUGGUCACAUGGGCGGCGGCAUGGGCGGCGGCAUGGGAGGCGGCAUGGGAGGCAUGGGCGGUGGCAUGGGAGGUGGCAUGGGUGGCAUGGGUGGCAUGGGCGGAAUGGGUAUGUCUAUGGGGAAAGGCAAAGACUUUGGCAAGGGUUACAUGCCAUACGGAAAGGGUGGCAAAGGAUGGAAGGGCAAGUGA